AUGACGGGCGAUGAUUAUUGGAAUCUAAACCGGGCGAGAAAUCAACAAGCAGAUGAACAGAUUGAAGAAUGUAUUGAUGAAGAUCCCUUGUACAGUAAUGUUAAAGACAGCACAGCACUCCGCAAUGGUAAAGCUUUGGAGAACUGUGAGACAUGGAUUGCAGUGUUUGUCACAGAAAAUUCCUCGGACCCAAACACGUUGAUUCAAGCAGCCAUCCCGGACAUUCUAAAGAACACUCCACGCUCCUUUUAUUCAGACACUCUGGAGUUCAUUGAAUCAAAUGCCAAACUGUGCCAUGAGACAAUCUCGAAAAUUCCUGGGUUGAAACCAGUCAUGCCACAGGGGGCCAUGUAUAUGAUGAUUGGUAUUGACAUGGCACACUUCCCGGAGUAUCUCAAUGAUGUACAGUUCACAGAGGCUCUGGUGUCUGAACAGAGCGUCUUCUGUCUUCCAGCCAAGUGCUUUGAAUACCCCAACUAUUUCCGUGUCGUACUGACCGUUCCCCAGGCCAAGCUUGUUGAAGCAUGUCAGAGGAUCACUGAAUUCUGCUCUACACAUUAUAGAACGGACUCAGAAAUACCUGACUGUCGCUACAUUCGCAACGAGGCUUACGAUGAAAGUUGGAUCGAGUAGAUAGAAAGUCUUCAGCGUAUCAUGAUGCAGUGAUUUUUUUGCCCAAACUUACAGCAUCUUACAAACACAAAAUGGAAAAAGUAACAUUUUUCCAAAAAAUCUGACCAAAAUUUCCCC